AUGCUCCUGUUUUCCCUUCAGAAGCUUUGCAAUCCGUGGAAAUACGCCGUUUCUACGAUUUCGGCGACUGAUCUGGUGGAAACCGACUGGGAAACCGACUGCGUUCUCCUCGUGUUUCCUGGCGGAGCCGCGAAUCCAUACCAUCGAAAACUGUCGAACCGAGUUGGGAAUCGUGGAAACCACCGAAUUCGGGAAUUCGUGGAGAACGGAGGUCAUUAUCUCGGAAUCUGUGCGGGCGCGUAUUAUGGAUGCUCUCACAUCGAAUUCGAUCGAGGCGGUCCGUUGGAGAUUCUGUGCGAUUAUGAACUGGGCUUUUUCGCGGGGAUCGGGAAGGGUCCAGCGAUGAAAGGAUUCGAUUAUAUGUCUGAUAAAGGAGCGCAUGCUUCUCACUUUAAAUGGAAUGGAUCGGAAGGCGUCGCUUUCUUCCAGGGAGGACCGAGUUUCGUGAUCGAUCAGCAUUCCUGCAGAGAAAUUGCGUGGUUCUGCGACCAGCCAGAACUGGCGUGCGAAGCAAACAGUCCUGGAUGCAUUGCUUGCGAGGUUGGAAAGGGGUCCGCUGUGCUGUGCGCGUUUCACAUCGAAUUUGAUCCUUGGGUAUCGAAGAUUUCGCACCGAUUGAUGGAGGAACUGCGCGAUGCCGAAGCGAAGUUGGUAGUUUUUGAGGAGCAUAAUGUGUAG